AUGGUGAAAAUUGAAUGGAAGGAGCAUUACGGCAGGGAUGCUACAUGGAAAAUGGAAGAAGAAAUGAAAGUCCGAUAUCCGAAGUUAUUCUUAAGUCAAAAUCAAAGCGUUGUCAGCCCCAUUGAAAGACAACAUAAAGGAGGGGAAGAGCUGGUGCUAAGGGUUUUGAUUUCUAAUAUCUUCGUCAGCCAUCUAUACACAGCGUUGGCUCAGAAGGGAAUUCACACCUUCAAAGACGAUGAAAAGCUCAAAAAAGGAAAAUCUAUUUCUCUGGAACUCCAAAAAGCGAUUCAAGAAUCAAGAUGGUGUUUGGAUGAGCUUGUGGAGAUACUUGAAUGCAGCAACACAACUAUUUAUCCGAUUUUCUAUAACGUAAAGCCAUCGGAAGUGCAAAGCCAAACAGGGAGUUUUGGGGGUGUAUUUGCGAAAUUGGUGUCCAAACAGGGAGUAUUGGGGAUGGAGACGGUCCAAAGGUCUGAAUCCAUGUUCAUCCAAGAACUUGUUGGGAUACUGUUUAGAAAAUUAAACCAUACAUAUUCGAGUGUCUCCGAAGACUUAGUUGGGAUGGAUUCCCCUAUGGAGAAAGUGAUUGCAUUUUUAGGAUUAGGGAUAGAUGAUACUCGUGCUGUGGGGAUAUGGGGAAUGGGUGGAAUUGGUAAGACAACUAUUGCAAGAGCUAUUUAUGACCAUAUCUCUUCCCAAUUUGAAGGUUGCAGCUUCAUUGACAAUGUUAGAGAAGUUUCAGCAAAAAGUGGUCUGAAAACUCUGCAAGAACAACUCAUUUUCGAAAUCUUAAUGGAAAAAGAUUUGAAAAUAGGAAGUGUUGGUAGUGGAGUAAGUAUGAUAAGGAACAUAGUAUGCCGUAAAAAGGUUCUUAUUGUUUUCGAUAAUGUGGAUGAAUCAACAGAACUUGAAAAAUUAGUAGGAGAGCAUCAUUGGUUCAGUUUUGGAAGUAAAAUCAUUAUAACAACUCGAAAUCAACAUGCAUUAACUAGAUAUGGGAUAACACAUAUUUAUGAGGUUGAGGAAUUAGGAGAAGAUGAUGCUAUAGAACUCUUUAAAUCAAAAGCGUUCGGGAAGCAGCAGCAAAUGGAAGACUAUGGAGAACUUGUACAUCAUGCAAUAACAUAUGCUAAAGGAGUUCCUUUGGCUCUCAAAGUUUUGGGUUCUUUUCUUUGUGGUCAAAACAAAGAUGAAUGGGAAAGUUCAUUAAACAGGCUGAAAGAAAGCCCUUUGAAUGAAGUUCAACAAGUACUCAGAAUACGUUACGAUGCAUUACAAUUGGUAGAGAAGGAAAUAUUCUUAAAUAUUGCCUGUUUUUUCAGAGGGAAAAACAAAAAUGAUGUAACAAAAAUUCUAGAUAGUUGUGGCUUCCACCCAAUUAUUGGAAUAGAUGUUCUUGUUAAAAAGUCUCUCGUAACUAUCUCAGACAAUAAGCUGAUGAUGCAUGAUUUGAUACAAGAAUUAGGGUGGUAUAUUGUUUGCCAGAAAUCACCUAAAGAGCCUGGGGAGUGUAGUAGGUUGUGGCUUCAAGAAGAUUUGACACGUGUGCUGAUGGAGAAUACGGGAACAAAAAAUGUGGAAGGCAUAGCUAUGGAUUAUCCUGACCUAGGACAUCAAGAUCCCAAGGACGUUGGCCUGAAAGAAUUGAAGUUGAGGCCUAAGGCUUUUGCAAAGAUGUCGAACUUGAAAAUUCUCAAAAUGUGUUGUAUCCAUGUUUGUCUCCCUUUAAGCGUUCUUAAAAGUUGCUCUACAAUGCUUAAGAAACAUGAGGCCCUCGGGGCGCGUCUACAACACCUCACAGAAGACCUCAAAUAUCUUUCUAACAAGUUAAGAUAUCUUGAUUGGUGCAGAUACCCUAUGAAAUGCAUGCCUUCAACAUUUCAACCAGAGUGUCUUGUUGAACUUCACUUAACCUAUAGCAGCAUUGAACAACUUUGGGAGGGAACAAUGUCCUUGACACAGCGUACAAGUUUGGUUAAUCUUCAUCCAUCCAUUGGAAUUCUUCGAAGGCUUAUUUGCCUCAACUUGAAGGACUGCAAAAAUCUCAAGAGUCUUCCAAGUGACAUUCAAUUGGAAUCUCUUGAAGUUCUAAAUGUCUCUGGGUGUUCAAAACUUGAAAACAUUUCAGUCAACUUUGGAUAUAUGAAAUGUUUAUCACAGCUUUAUUUAGAUGGGAUUAGUGUAAGUGAACUUCCACCUUUAGUUGGACAUCUUACCGGUCUUGGUUCACUGAAUCUAAGCAAUUGUAAAAAUUUGAAAAGUAUUCCAGCCAACAUUUGUCAGUUGAAAGCUCUUACAAGUCUAAACCUCACUGGGUGCUCCAAAGUUGACAAACUUCCGCAAGAUUUGGGUUUCCUGGACUGUUUAGAGGAGCUUCAUGCAGAUUGCACUGCAAUUAGACAAGUCCCCUCCUCCAUUGGACUUCUGAAGAAACUAGAAAUAUUAUCCUUUCGCGGCGGGUGUAAAAGACUAACAUCUAAUUCAUGGAGUUCUUUUUUCUUGCCUUUAACUUUAUUUAGACAGAGAGAGAAUUCCAUGACUUUGGAACUAGCAGCUUUGUCAAGGUUAGAGUCUUUACAAGAACUAGAUCCCAGUUACUGUAAUUUAAAAUCUAUCCGCACAUCCAUUUGCCACAUCUACUCGUUGCAACAAUUAAAUCUCAGUGGAAACAGCAUUGAAAGUUUACCUGCAAACAUGAAUCAACUUUCGAAGCUGUCAAGCCUGCAUUUGGAAGGUUGCAAGAGGCUUAAAGAACUGCCAGAGUUUUCAUCAUCAGUACAUAAAAUACUAGCUGAUGAUUGCACGUCAUUAAGAACAAUAUUGAGUCCAUCCAUAUUCAAAAAUGUUGACAUCUUUUCUUUCAUGAAUUGCUUCAAACUGAUUAAGAACAAGCAGAACAACAUCCUGACAGAAAAUUUUCUUUCAAAUUUAUUUCAGGUUCUCUCUCUCUCUCUCUCUCUCUCUCUCUCUCUGUGCACGCAGGCAAGCAUUGUGACCAAUCUCUAUUGUGCAGAGGAAUUCUAG